AUGGCCGCGGCCCUCCCGACGUCACACAUGUUGAACGGGGCCGCGCGUCGCGCGGCCCUACGUCGGGGGGUGGCCAUCGCUGAAGUGCCAGUGCGUGGCUUGGCGCGGCACCUCGCUGCCGCCGUUUGGUCGCGGGCGGCGGCGAUGGUCUACAGAUGCUCAGGCGACGGUGGCGCCGAGCUGGCGGCGGCGGCACCCGCAGAGAACGGCCGCGAGGACGACGAGGACGGCCUGACGAAGAUCAUCCACAGGGACGGCAGCAAGAGCCUGAGGGCCCAGAAGCAGAAAGGCCUCGUCCCGAGGGGAUCCGCCUCCCCUUUCGGCGACUUCCCCGACGACAUGAUGCCGAAGCCCGUCAAGGCCCCCCGGGCGAAGAGCGCCCAGGGCACGGCCCGCAGCCCAGCGGGGGCCGCCAGGCCCAUGUCUUCGCCCGCGGGCGCGGGGGGCGGCCCUCCCAGGCCUCGCUCGCGCGCGCGCCCGCGCCGCCCAGUGCCCGUCUCGGAGUUCCGCCGGUUCUACGACAGAGGAGACCUGCCGACCCAGAUCUGGCACGGGGCGACCUGCAAGAUCGCGUGGAAGGUGGACGUUGAGAAGUUGGACUACCACCACUACCUCCCCAUCUUCUUCGACGGCCUGAGGGAGAAGGAGGACCCGUACCGAUUCCUGGCGGUCCAGGGCACCUACGACAUGCUCGACAAGGGCGGGUCCAAGAUCCUGCCGGUGGUCCCGCAGCUCAUCAUCCCCAUCAAGACCGCCCUGAACACGCGCGACCCCGAGAUCGUGUCCACGAUGCUGAAGGUGCUGCAGCAGCUCGUGCUGAGCGGCGAGAUGAUCGGAGAGGCCCUGGUGCCUUAUUACAGGCAGAUAUUGCCCGUGUUCAACAUCUUCAAGAGCAAGAACAACAACCUUGGUGACAAGAUGGACUACAGCCAGAGGAAGCGCAUGAACCUCGGCGAACUGAUUCAGGAGACGCUGGAGAUCUUCGAGACGCACGGCGGGGAGGACGCCUUCAUCAACAUCAAGUACAUGAUCCCCGUGUACGAGAGCGUGCUGGUUGCAUGA